AUGGUUAUGGAAGCCAUUGAAUUAGAAGAAAAUAUGGCUGUCGAAGCCACUAGUGAUUCACAAACAGAUUUGGCUGAAAAAGCCAAUAAUUCGAAUACUGAUAAAAUGCAAAGGUUGGAUUGCAUUUAUGAUGAUGAGCCCUUGGGUUUCGAAAAGGAUCCAAUGAGUUCCAGUCAUAGAAUGCAAGCUCAAGAUCCUCUACAAGAGAUUGAUAUUGGAAAUGGCUCUCUCAAAAGGCCAACUUACAUCAGUACCAAUAUCGAUCCAAGUUUAAGGGAAAAAGUGGUCGAAUUACUCAAAGAAUACAAAGACUGCUUUGCUUGGGAUUACAAUGAGAUGCCAGGACUUAGCAAGGAUUUGGUGGAACACAGAUUGCCACUUCGACCAGAGAAAAAACCUGUGAAGCAGCUUCCAAGGAGGUUUGCUCCAGAAAUCAUGACAAAGAUCAAGUCAGAAAUUGAAAGGCUGCUAAAGUGCAAGUUCAUUCGAACAGCCAGGUAUGUCGAAUGGUUAGCUAAUAUAGUUCCUGUUAUUAAAAAGAAUGGUUCACUUAGAAUUUGCAUAGAUUUUAGGGACUUAAAUAAUGCUACACCAAAAGAUGAAUAUUCAAUGCCUGUAGCAGAAAUGCUUGUUGAUUCAGCAGCAGGCCAUGAGUAUUUAAGUAUGUUAGAUGGAUAUUCUGGUUAUAAUCAAAUUUUUAUUGCUGAAGAAGAUGUACCAAAAACUGCUUUUCGUUGUCCUGGUGCUUUAGGAGAUUUCCUUGGUUUUGUCGUGCAUAAAAAGGGCAUAGAGAUAAACCAAAAUAAGACAAAAGCUAUCAUGGAGACUAGAUCUCCAGCAACCAAGAAACAGCUUCAAUCUUUGCUUGGGAAGAUAAAUUUUUUGAGGAGAUUCAUUUCGAAUCUAAGUGGAAAAGCUCAACCAUUUUCUCCACUGUUAAAGCUCAAAAAAGAUGAUGUUUUCAAAUGGGGAACAGAACAACAACAGGCAUUUGAUGAGAUUAAGGCAUAUUUGUCGAAUCCUCCAACGCUGAUGCCUCCCAUUCGAAACAAAGCAAUGAAGUUGUAUAUUGCAGCAUCAGAUUCGACCAUUGGAAGCAUGCUUGCUCAAGAAGAUGAAAAUGGUGUAGAAAAAGCUAUUUAUUAUUUAAGUAGAGUUUUGAAUGAUGCUGAAACUAGAUAUAGUUUAAUUGAAAAGCUUUGUCUUUGCUUGUAUUUUUCUUGUACCAAACUGAAGCAUUAUAUAAAGCCAGUUGAUGUUUGUGUUUAUUCCCAUUUUGAUAUUAUUAAGCAUAUGUUAUUAAAACCAAUUUUGCAUAGUAGAAUUGGAAAGUGGGCCUUGGCUUUAACUGAGUAUUCUUUGACCUAUAAGCCUUUAAGGGCUGUUAAGGGUCAAAUUGUGGCUGAUUUUAUUACUGAACACUCAGUAAUCGAAAGCCCGGUAGAAUAUGUUGAACUUGAGCCUUGGACUUUAUAUUUCGAUGGUUCUAGACAUAAACAUGGUACAGGAAUUGGAAUUUUGAUAAUUUCACCAUUAAAAAUUCCAACUAAGUUUAAAUACAAGAUUAAUGGGUCUUGUUCCAACAAUGAAGCAGAAUAUGAAGCUUUAAUUGCAGGAUUAGAAAUUCUCUCUGACUUGGGGGCCAGACACAUUAAAAUAAGAGGUGAUUCUGAAUUAGUGGUUAAACAGCUAACUAAAGAAUAUAAAUGCAUUCAAGAGAAUCUAUUGAAAUACUUUGUUAUUGCAUUUUCUUUGUUAAAACACUUUGAAUCUUAUGAUAUUCAGCAUGUACCUCGAAUUGAGAAUCAAGAAGCAAAUGAUUUGGCUCAAAUUGCUUCUGGAUAUAAGAUUUCGAAAGAGAAACUAGAGGAACUAAUUGAAAUAAAAGACAAACUAGUUUCGAAAGAGCCAAUUAGUGAUGAAUUGUCAAUGCCAAAACAUUUGGGGGCAAGUGACAUAGAAGAGUUUCAGGAUUUUGACAAUUUUGAAAAUUUUCAACAUGUUAAUUUGCACUUCGAUAGUUUUGUGGCAGAAAUUUUUGCCAUUGACAAUUUAUCUGAUAAUGAUUGGAGAAAGCCAAUUGUUAAAUAUUUGGAAGAUCCAACAGGAAUCACUGAUAGAAAGGUCAAAUAUAGGGCUUUAAGUUAUACUAUCAUUGGAAAUGAGUUGUUCAAGAAAACUGCUGAGGGAGUUUUAUUGAAAUGCCUUAGUGAAAGUGAGGCAUAUUUAGCUAUUUCCAAUGUGCAUAGUGGUUCUUGUGGAGCACAUCAAGCUGGCCAUAAAAUGAAAUGGCUACUGUUUCGACAAGGCUUGUAUUGGCCUUCUAUGCUUAAAGAUUGCAUAGAAUAUGCUAAAGGAUGCCAAGAAUGUCAAAAACAUGCAGGCAUUCAACAUGUUCCUGCAAGUGAAUUGCAUUCGAUUGUAAAGCCUUGGCCUUUUAGAGGAUGGGCUUUAGACUUGAUUGGUGAAAUUAGGCCAGCGUCCUCAAAAAAUCAACGUUAUAUCUUGGUUGGUAUUGAUUAUUUUACAAAAUGGAUUGAAGCAAUUGCUUUGACAAAUGUGGAUCAAGAAGCUGUAAUUAGUUUCAUCCAAAACCACAUUAUUUAUAGGUUUGGAUUACCUGAGACCAUUACUACUGAUCAAGGGACAGUGUUUGUUGGGCGCAAGAUGCAAGAGUUUGCCGAACAAGCAGGUUUUAAGUUGUUAACAUCAACACCUUAUUAUGCUCAAGCAAAUGGUCAAGUCGAAGCUGCUAAUAAAACCAUUAUAGGUUUAAUUAAGAGGCAUAUUGCCCAAAAGCCAAGGAAUUGGCACAAAACUUUAGACCAAGUUUUAUGGGCUUGCAGAAAUUCUCCUAAGGAGUCAACUAAUUCUACUCCAUUUCGAUUGACUUAUGGUCAUGAUGCUGUGUUACUAGUUGAAAUUAUGAUGCAGUCAAUUAGGUUGCAAAGACAAAUGGAGUUGCCCACUGAUCAUUAUUGGAGUUUAAUGCUAGAUGAAUUAGUAGAAUUAGAUGAGGAGAGAUUACAAGCUUUAGAUGUAUUGAUUAGACAAAAAGAAAGGGUUGCUAAAGCUUAUAAUAAAAAGGUUAAGUCUAAAGCCUUUAACUUAGGAGAUUUAGUUUGGAAAGUUAUUUUACCCAUGGAUAGAAGAGAUAGAGCCUUUGGGAAAUGGUCUCCAAAUUGGGAAGGACCAUUUAAAAUUUCUCAAAUACUUUCUAAUGGUGCUUAUGAAAUUGAAGAGUUAACUUCUGAACAACGUUCAGUUAAUAUGAAUGGCAAGUAUUUAAAAAAAUAUAAGCCAAUAUUGCAAGAAGUAAACAUAAGCGCAAGUUAA